AUGAAGUACACUGUUGCUCUCAUCGCUGCUGCCGUUGGCGCCAACGCCUGGGCCAAGAACGUGACUGUUGUCACUGAGGUCGUCGACCAGUACACCACCUACUGCCCUGGACCUACCCAGAUCACCCACGGCACCAAGACCUACACCGUCACUGCCCCCACCACCCUGACCAUCACUGACUGCCCUUGCACCGUCACCAAGCCCGUGGUCACCACCUCUGCCGUUGUCUGCCACACCUGCGGCGGUAACUUCCCCAACACCACCGUUGUCCAGCCCACUGGCGGUGUUACUCCCACCAAGCCUGGCAACCCCGUCCCUACUGCCGGUGCUGGCAAGGCCGCCGCCCUCUCUGGCGCUGGUCUGGCCGGUGUCGUCGGUCUUGCCGCUUUCAUCCUGUAA